AGAAAAUUUCGUCGAAUGUGAUGACGUGUAAGCGAAUAAGAUGGCAGCUAUCUUAUCAGCUGACUAUCGUCGUUAAUGUCGAAACGUUGUGCAAUGUUGCUCCUGCUUUUCCUAUAUAAACUGGAACUUGCAUAACAGUUGCCACACUCGUAGUAUCAUCGAAUGUUGACAAACGACGGUCUUACUUCCAAUUGCAUUUCUACUAUGAACCAACAGAAAUGUAGAUUUUAUAGUAACGGAUUCUGCCGAUAUUCUGAUAAAUGCAAAUAUUCUCAUGAUUUUGAAGUUCAAACUGAAAAUAUCAGUUUAAAUAAUGUGAAUAAUUCGUAUUGGAGAAGAAGGGGUAGAGUGCAAAACUUCCAAAGGAAGCCUCCAAGAUUUCAAAGAGUUAAAGGAGAAAAUGAAAAACCCGAAGAAAGAAAAUAUGAAAACUUCCAGGAAGUAUCAGAGUGUUUGCAGGAUUCCAGAGCCAGUGUAGACCGAAUGAAACCGGUUACGGUAAGACACUCGGCCAGAUAUUUUUACAAGAGAUUACCUAGGUGGCGAAAUAUGAGAGGACGAUUUCAUCGGAGACCCUUAGAGAGACAAGAUGUUUCGGAAAAUGAUUAUAUUUCUGUCGACGAGAAAAGCGACGAUGUAGAAAAAGCGGAAGAGGCUAAAGCAAAAGACGAGAACGAAAGUAAUUUGGAAAAGUUGCGUGAGACAGAAAUCAAACAAUUUCAAAAACGGUUUCCGAAGUAUGGUGAAGUUUCCAAAGAUAUUUUCCGAUUUGAAUAUUUCCCGACCGAUCCGGAUUGGCCGUUCGAGGUGAAAUCCGUAAAUCUACAAGUUGAAUUUCCUAAAGAAUAUCCCGAUGUACCUUUUCUGAUCACGGUGGUUGACGAAGAUGAAAUUUUACCGGAUAUGUUAAUCAGACAUAUUAACAGAACCGUUCGUAAUUGGAUAUUGGAUAAGUGGGAGAAAAAUAAUGAUAGAGUCUGUUUGGCUUUCCGUCCAUUUUUACGAUGGUUUGAUAAAAAUUUAGAAGAAUUAUUUAUUUGCGGUUUGAGAUGGACUAAACAAGAUAUUGAGACAAAGGCAGCAGGAAUUGAAUUUGUACCAUAUGAAAUGCUGUGUAAUUCAAAACUGGAGUCUGCAUCGAGUGAAAGUGAUUCCAACAAUGAUGAUGAUGUUUCUUGUAAAGAUAGUUAUGAAAUGGAACAGAACGUUGAAAAAUCUGAAGAUAUUACAGAUGAAAACAAAGAUAUAAUUAAUACAACUAGACAACUUUCAAUUAAUGAUUCUCCAAGACCAAACAAAAAUAAUUAUUCUGGUUUGAAAACAGAAAUAAAAUUUAAAGAUCUCCAUUUUGCAGAUCAUGCAGCAACAUUGACCUGUCAAAAGCUACAAAUAGUAAUACUGUGUAAUCGAUGUAAAUCACGCCAUGAUUUAACCAUGUUGGGACAUAGACUGAAUUUGGCAACUUGUACUAAAUGCCAACAAACACAGGAGUUAAUAUUCCAGCCAUCGCUUCUUCAUCCAAAUUCAUCCAUUCUUGGAUAUGUUCAUAUACAACACUGCCAAAUAAUUGACCUUCCUUUGGUAGCUUGUGAAUUUUCCAUUUCCUGUUUAAAUUGCUCAAGGCAGAACACAUUAACUGGCAUACAUUAUAAUCAGCAAAGAACUACUUGGUGCUUGUAUUGCAAUUCUAAAAUGAAUGUUACUAUACAGGGAGUAAGAUUUCUUCAAUUACAAACGCAGGAAAUUGUAGAGAAACUUCAAGCCCAUUCUGUAAAGUUAAAUAGCAAAUUUAUAAAGAAUCAAAUUCUUCCUGUACAGAUAGGAAAACCUUUACCUGAUAAUGGUACUUGUAAACAUUAUAAGAAGAGUUUCCGUUGGUUAAGAUUUCCGUGCUGUGGAAAAGCCUAUCCGUGUGAUGUUUGCCAUGAUGAGAAAGAAAUCGAUCAUGAAAUGAAGCUUGCUACCAGAAUGAUCUGUGGAUUCUGUGCACGAGAACAACCGUAUACAAAUAAAGAAUGCAUUGGCUGUAAUUCUUAUGUGACCAAAAAAAGUAGCAUUCACUGGGAAGGAGGAAAAGGAUGCCGUGAUAAGAUUAGAAUGAGUAGAAGUGAUAAGCACAAGUAUGCUGGAACAAAUAAAACUAAAAGUGUGAAAAAGGUAAGUGCUAAUAUUAGCACUUAGAUUGAAUUUGGCCAGUAAUUUGACCAUAAGAUAUAUUUUUAUACAUAUUUUCAAAGCUUUAAAAAUUUUGAAUGAAAUAUCAUGGAUAAUGGGUAGUGAAUAGAAAAGAAAGAAAUAAAACUGGAAAUUAAAUUUUUAUGGAAAAACCUUGAUAUCUAUCUCACUGAAAGUUCAUAUAAGCAGCUAAAUCAUUUUCACUUUACAAUAUUUAUAUUACUGUUCUUGAAAGUGAUUUACCACAGAGAAAAAGAUUUAUUGAAGAAUUAGUUAAAAAUGCACUUCAGACAUCAAAGUAGAUUUGAAUCAAAUUCAUAUCUUAUAAAAGAAAUAUAAAAUUGUAACAGAAAAGAAUAAUCAAAAUAAAUUUGC